CUUUGUGUGUUGACGAGGGCAGCCGAACUCAAGAGUGUAUGUGGGAGAGAGAGGGGAGAGAAACGGGGCUCAACAUGGUUGCGAGAUGAGGCGCGAGUUGUAAACUAGUCCCGGUCUUGAAUUGAAGAACCACCAGCUCCUAAUUGACCGCAAACACGGGAUUAUUAUGCCCAGUGCCAACGUGUCUGUGCGAAGUUUAUCUGAAGAGGAGAAAUACCUCAGCAGCCGGAUGCUACAUUUAGUAAUGUUUUCCUCUGCAGUAUAAUUACACAACAAAGAGUCCUGUGUUCAAGAAGGACAGAUGCCAGAGAGGGAGAAAGAGAGGGAUGAGGACAGAGGCUGAAAUACCCCAGGCAUGCUUGUAGAAAGAAGCAUGGCAUUCUCUGGUUACACAAUAUAUAUAAAUAAGACCGGAGUACUGACGGCAGUUUCUUGAGCAUCCUUGGGUCAAUGCGUCGGGGUUCCUCAGAGAACAAUCUGGACCUGGACCUGAGCGAUGGAGGUCCUGGUCCUGCGGUGGGCUGCGAGGUCCAGCGUAGUCGUUCUUGCUUGGACAACCUCCAGCAGAAGAUACUUAAAGUCACGGAGCAGCUGAAGAUUGAGCAGACGGCCCAGGACGAGAACGUAGCCGAGUACCUGAAGCUGGUGAACAGUGCGGACAAGCUGCAAGUAGGGCGCAUCAAGCAAGUGUUUGAAAAGAAGAACCAGAAGUCCGCUCAAAACAUUGCCAAGAUGCAAAAGAAGCUGGAGCAGUACCAUAGAAAGAUGAAAGACAGUGAAAGCCACCACAUCCCAUCCCUUCACUCAUCUACUGUCAAACACAUUACCUUACCCAGGGAGUCUCCCAGAGAGCUGCUGAGAGAUAUGACUGGCAGUGGCCGCCACCCGACCAUGGACAAGAUCAAGACCAUCGGCCCAGGUGUUUCCCUCUCCCCUCCUUUUUUCUUCAGCAAGCCCCGAGAGUUCGCCAACCUUAUUAGGAACAAGUUUGGCAGUGCUGACAACAUUGCCCACCUCAAGACCACUCUGGAUGCUUCCUCACCGCUCCCCACUGACAGUGCAGGAAAGGGGCUGAGUAGCAGCACCUCCAUGGUGGGCAAGCCCAAGUACCCCAGUGAUGAUGAGAGCUCCUCGGGGAGCGCCUCCAUUUCAGCAGACAGUAACGGGCAGCCAGCGGGGGGAGGAGUGUUGGCGGUGCAAGCGCAGGGCCAGGACCAGCAGGCCAGGAGAGACAGCCAGAGCAAACUGGCUCUGUGCCUGGAGGAGGUGAGGGAGAUCAAAGAUGCCCAGAGCCAGCUGGAGGAGGAUAUGGAGGAAAUAAAGGCUCAGUUCAAGAGAGAGUAUGGCAUCAUCAGCCAAACACUGCAGGAAGAGAGAUACAGGUACGAGCGUUUGGAAUAUCAACUAAACGACUUGACAGAACUUCACCAACAUGAGAUGACUGAUCUAAAGCAGGAACUGGCCAGCAUCGAGGAGAGGGUAGCCUACCAGGCUCAUGAAAGGGCCAGCGACAUACAGGAGGCUCUGGAGUCGUGUCAGACGCGAGUGUCCAAGCUGGAGCUCCAGCAGCAGCAGCAGCAGACUGUCCAGCUUGAGAGCCGUGAUGCCCGGGUCCUCCUGGGAAAGAGCAUCAACAUCAUGCUGGCCAUCAUCACCGUCAUCCUGGUGUGUGUCUCCACUGCUGCCAAGUUUGCUGCUCCACUGAUGAGGAGCCGGCACCAAGUGAUAGCUACCUUCCUGGGAGUUUGUUUUUUGACCAUAUUCUGGAAGAACUGGGACCGUUUACAGUAUGCCAUAGACAGGUUACUGGUACCUGGCUGAUAGUGAAACUAACACUGCAGAAACAUGGACACUGUCUGCUGUCAGGAUAGGACUAUCUAAGGAUUGGUUGUACAAUCGUCACACACACAAGAUUGCCAUGCAUUUACAGAGGUCAUGGUUUUUCAGAGUCAAACUGAAAUGAAAUUUUUGUGAUUUUUUUCCUUGUCUAGAACUUGAAUGUGUGUUGCUAACAAUUUUCAUUUAACCUUUAAAAUAAUAUUUAUAUAACAGUACAUUUUGUUACUUGUCUAGGGAUUGCUAUGAAAUCAUCACAAGACAUAAAUAGUCAAUUCAAGGAUCAAGAAGGGUGGAAGGAAGUGCUCAUGAGACUCACUCUUGAUUAUUCUGUCUCCUUUUGCCUCAGCUCGACGUUAACCUCUGUCAAACAGUUAAAAAAUCAUGCACACACACAAACAAAACCUCAAGCUUAAUAUCUUGUUGGCCACAGUUGUGAAAUGCUAACGUCACCCUAAGAGGACAUUUUGGGAUAUACACUCAUUUGUUUUCUACAAAAGUUAUGAAAAGAUCAAUGCUAUUCAUAUUUGUACAGUAAAUAUGAAACAACUGUCAGCAGCCAGUUAGCUAAGCUUAGCAAUAACACUGAAAACAGCUGGCGUGGUUCUGUCCAAAAGUAACAAAAUCCUCCUUUCUGCACCUUUACUAAGCUCAGUCAUCUAAACAUGUUUGUUUAAUCUUCACAAAAAACAAAGUGUAAAAAUGACAAAAAAAAGUCAGGCACAUAACCCUCAAGGUACUGUUUUUACACUUUGGAUUUUGGUUGGUUUUGUUUUUGGUGGUUCAGAGGUACUUGUAGUUGGAUGCAAGCUAGCUGUCCCCCCCCCCGUUUUGAGUCUUUAUGCUAAACUAACCUAACUGGCUACUGGGUGUAGCUUUAUAUUUAGCAUACAGACAUGAGAGUGGUAUCCAUCUUUUAAACUAACUCACUGCAAAAAGAAUACUAAGCAUAUUUUCUUAAAAUGUUGCAACUAUUACUUUAAAUGAAGAAUCUGCAGACUAAAACACAGAGGCAAUAGACAUCCUGUUUCUUUUUAUGUGUUUUUUCUUUAUGCGUUAUUGCCUUGUCUGCCCUCUGUGGAUAGUCAUCUCUUAAAGGUUUUCUGUUUACUGUUGCUGAUGUUUGAAGUGCAAUAUUUGAUUUCUACGAACACUGUUUUUUAAAUGUCUCUUUUAGGAGUGAACAUUUAACGUCAAUGUUUUACAGUGACAGGGUGCUGGUGCUGUUGGGGAGAGGGUUGAGUAAAUGUCAUCUAUGUUGGCGUGAGAGAUCCAAAACCACUGAAGACACUGGUGGGCUCUGAUAAGACCAGCUGUUUCCUCUUUCAAGGGCCCAAAAUCAAUCCCACUGCAUUACAGUGCUGGUAGCGCGGUAAUAUCAACACGCCAGAUACACAUGCGCACACACCCAAACAACACAAAAUCAAAGCACGGCACUUACGUAUGAUGUUUGUUUUUUACUAAUAAUGUGACUAAGAGGCGAUGGGUUAUACUGUGAAACAUUUUUUCCAAGAAAAGAUGCAAUUCCCUUUAUUAAAGAAGUAACAAACCGCCUUCCGUACUCUAAUGAUGACAGAGAAGCAUGUUACUGGCUCUAAGUGAUUAUCUAUGAGCCAAGUCUUUUGACUGAUUAAUGUGUUAUAUCAUUUUUGUCUUACAAACAUUGCCUUUGAUGAUCUCACAAGAAGCUAUGGACGUUUGUCUGCCAUAAUAACAUGUUUGUUUUAAUGUUUGUUGUCGUCUUUCUGUUUCUCUACUGACUGUAUCAUAUUUGUUUUGUUGUGACAUAUUUGAGAAAAUUUUACCUGCACAACUACACAUCUGGUUUACAUUCUCAUUCAUCUGUGGUGCACUACGUGAUCAAUCAGUUGUGUUUUCAUGCAUUACGUGCCUUCGUCUGACACUUUCUGUUAAAUUAAACAAGGCUUUUUAAU